AUGGCUGUCGUCCACUCGUCGUCGCGCCUCGCCGACCUGGACGAGCUCGCGCAGCACGACCACGAGUUCCUCUUCAACAACCCGUUCAUUCGGUCGGGCUACCGACUGCACUACACGUCGCCGACGCAGUGCGUCAAGUCGCUCUUCCAGCUGCACAACGAGACGUGGAACGUGUGGACGCACCUCGUCGGCGCGCUCCUCUUUGGCGUCUUCUUUGCCAGCGUCGCCUUGUACACCGAGGCAGGCUUGUACCACACGACUGUGCUGGCGCCGCCACCGCUCGCGCUCGCCCAUGGCCAGCACACGCGCGCGUACUUUCUCGAGUACAUUGCGCCGCCCGUCAUUCCCAUGUACUACGCGUUGCGCCUCGACAACCACGCGGCGAUCCGCGACCACGUGCACGUGGCCAAGGCGCUCUUAGGCCACUCGCUCGCCCGCGUGCCGACGCUCGACGAGCUGCAUCCCGUGCUCGCGGCGCAGAUGAGCGCGGACGUCCAGUCGACGCUCUCAUCGUACUUUACGUCCAUGGCGUCGUCGCUCGAAGCGCUCCAGGCCCAGCUGCCGCCGCACUGGCCGCGCCCCAACGCGACGACCGACAACUGGGCGGUCGCGUACAACGCGUUGCACCCGUUGCAGCGGCAACUCGACGACAAGACGUCCGAGCUGCGCGAUUAUGUGCGUGCGCUGCGGAACGACGCGCAGCACCAGGCGCCGCUGCAGCUCGUGCUCCACGAGUUCCACACGUGGUCCGAGACGAUCGCCAACGGCCUUGCGAUGCUCACUGCGAUCCAUCCGACCGAGCUGCUCACGCCCGAGCUCGCGACGUGGCCGAUCCUCGUGUACAUUGCAACCGCCUUUCUCUGCAUGAGCUGCAGCACGGUCUACCACCUCUUCUUUGUGCAGAGCGCCAAGACGUCGAUGGCGCUCAUCCAGCUCGACUACGCAGGCAUCAUCCUCCUCAUUGGCGGCGCCUUCUUCCCCGUCAUCUACUAUGGCUUCUACUGCGACAUGGCCCUCGUCACAUGGUACCUCGGGACCGUGAGCGUGCUCUCGCUCGUCUCGUUCGUCGCGUCGCUCCACCCGGCCUUUGACGAGCACCCGAUCGUGCGCACAGGCGUCUUCCUCGCGCUCGGCUUCUUUGGCCUCGUCCCGCUCGGCCAUCUUGUGUACGAGCACGGCUUUUGGGACCCGCAUGUGCAAGUGAUCUUGUACCGACUCCUGGGCACCGCCGGCUUUGACUGCUUUGGCGCCAUGCUCUGGGGCCUCCGCGUGCCCGAGCGCUUCGCGCCGGGUCGCUUCGACGUGUGGUUCUCGAGCCAUCAAUGGUGGCACCUCUGCGUCGUGGCCGCGACGACGGUUCACUACUUCAACGCGGUCCAGCACUACGAGUGGCGCGCGCAGCACGGCUGUCCGAUCCGCAUGUAG